UUCCGUUUCCGCUUUAGGGAGUGAAAAUUGAUUUGAGCAGAACUUGACUUGAAAAUCUAUUUAUUUCAGAGACCUACUCAACUUUUACAACAUUGAUUGUACUUUUGGAUAAAUUGUAUCAUGGCUACUUCGCCGCAAAAGUCGCCAUCCUCUCCGUCGCCGACGACUCCGAAAUCACCCUCUUCCAGAAAGAAAGAUGACUCGUUCCUGGGAAAACUUGGAGGAACUUUAGUAAGAAGAAAGAAGGCAAAAGAAGUGUCUGAGCUCCAGGAAGAGGGGAUGAAUGCCAUCAACCUGCCCUUGAGCCCCACCCAAUACGAACUGGACCCAGAAGACACCAUGCUAGAGGAGAAUGAGGUCCGCACCAUGGUCGACCCAAACUCCAAGAACGACCAGAAACUACAGGAACUCCAGAAGGUGUUGAUCGACUGGAUCAAUGAUGUGUUGGUGGGGGAGAGGAUCAUCGUGAAGGACCUGGCUGAGGAUCUAUACGACGGGCAGGUUCUGCAGAAACUCUUUGAGAAGCUGGAGGGGGAGAAGCUGAACGUGGCUGAGGUGACCCAGUCGGAGAUCGCCCAGAAACAGAAACUGCAGACGGUGCUGGAGAGGAUCAACGACUCCAUCAAGGUCUCUGCCAGGAGCAUCAAAUGGAACGUGGACUCGGUCCAUGCUAAGAGUAUAGUGGCCAUUCUUCACCUGUUGGUGGCGCUAUCUCAGCACUUCAGAGCACCAAUCAGACUUCCUGAUCACGUGUCCAUCCAAGUAGUGGUGGUUCAGAAAAGGGAGGGGAUUCUGCAAUCUCGCCAGAUCCAGGAGGAGAUCACGGGCAAUACAGAGGCUUUAUCUGGCAGACAUGAGCGAGAUGCUUUCGACACCCUGUUUGAUCACGCUCCAGACAAGCUCAAUGUGGUAAAAAAGACUCUCAUCACCUUUGUGAACAAACACUUGAACAAGCUCAAUCUGGAGGUGGCUGAACUGGACACACAGUUUGCUGACGGUGUGUACCUUGUUCUGCUGAUGGGAUUGCUGGAGGGCUACUUUGUUCCACUCUAUAAUUUCUUCCUGACUCCUGAGAACUUUGAACAACAGGUGCACAAUGUGUCCUUCUCUUUUGAGCUGAUGCAAGACGGAGGUUUGGAGAGACCCAAACCUAGACCUGAAGAUAUUGUGAACUGUGACCUCAAGUCAACCCUGAGGGUGCUUUACAACCUCUUCACCAGGUACAGAAACGUGGAGUGAAUAUGCUGUGUUGGGGGUGACUCAUUUUAUGGGGUAUCACAUUCAGGUUUCAAGCAUUUUUCCCCAAUUACAUGCUUCAAAGGAAGCUGUCCCUUGCAAAGAACACUACGAACCAAUUCAGGACAUUCAGCAUUGGUAUUAUCAAUAUUUUUUUUUAUAGAUUCCAUUAUUCCAAAUAUUUUAUGUGCUAUAAUAAUAACUUCUACUAUUGUAUGUGCUGUUUGCCAUUUUAAAAUACACUACAUACUGUAUCUAUUUUUGUUUCUUACAUGAAUGCAUAUUAGUCUAAGUAAAAACAGUCAUUGUAUGAUUGGUAUUUUAAUGAUAUUUUUUUUAUUGAUAAAUUCCAUUUUUUUUUCUUGUCAUAUUUCAAAAGGUUGAUAUAGUGAUGACAUUUCUUCAUGUUUCGAUCGCUAAAGCUUGUUUCAUUUAUUUACUACACAAAUGUUUGUUAACCUAUAUUUAUUGUUCUUUUGUGUGCACCUGACCUUCUCAUUCACUUAGCUGUUUUCUACUUUCACUAGUAGAUAAGUGCCUUUUUUAAAUAAGAAAUACUGUACUGCAUGCCAUUAUUAGGAAGACACCACUUAGUGCUGACUGUGAUUGAAUAUGCUCUUUUACUUUAUUCUCAAAACUGCUUUGCAUGUAUCAUAUAUGUUAAAUGUUUUAAUAACCGCAAACUGAAAUUCCAAAAAAUGUGGAACUUUAAAACAUUCUUGUGAAGAAACACUUUGUUUGGAUAGUCCAUCUGUAGAUGUUCUACAGCAGUGGUCACCAACCUUUUUGGAGUCCAUCAGUUUCUGAGUCAAAAUGCAAGCCGAGAUCUACUGUAAAAAAAAAAUAAAAAAAAAAAAAAUAAAAAAACUUAAACGUAAGCCCAUGCAACAUCACCCUAUUAAAAACAACACCGUAUUAAUGAGGUUUGUACAGUAGGCUAUUGGCCCAGAACAUUAUCACUGCAUAUUGGCUUUGCUUGAAUUUGCCAUGCCAAUGCAUUCUUAUUCUCAGACCAUUAAUAAAAUAUAUAUAUAUUUGAUGUAGGCAAUAGGAUC